AUGUGUAAAAGGGCUAUCGAUGAGGGAAGUACUGGGCUGGAGUUGGAUGAGCGUGGCGCCAAAAGAAGAAAGCUACCAAUUGUAGGUGACUUCCUUAGCUUUUCAGAUCAAGGGCCAGUAAAUGAUGCGCACGACAACACAGACUUAUCUACCAGUGAGACAGUCGAAUCGACUACUCAACAUGGCUUCGAACUUCUUGAUAUACUAAAAAGAACAACAGAUAAAAAUGGUCGUCUUGUCGCAACCGACUUCCUCACACUUCCUAGCCGGAAAUUAUUUCCAGAUUACUACGACGUAACUAAAAUACCUAUAGCGUUAGACACUAUCGAAUCCAAACUAAAAAGUCGUGACUUUAAAACUCUGUCAAGUCUCGAAAAUUACUUCAAGCGCAUGGUUCUCAAUGCAAAAGAAUACAAUGAAAAGGGCUCGAUAAUACACGAGGAUUCUGAACGGCUAAGGAAGACUGUCAGUAAUUACAUGAACAAACACAAUCCAGUGUACAAUCCAGUGUACAAACAAGUACCUAUCCCAGCUGCGCUUGUUCCGCCCGUUCCCGGAGAAAACUGUGAGAUCAAUCCAAACCUACGAGAGGGACAAGAACUAGACGAAAAAUCUAACAAAAAGUCACACCGACCCAUAAAAAAUUUACAACCAGCGAGACACAACACUUUGACCUUGACCAGGCCCCGAUCUUCUGGGUCCAUGUUUGAAGGUCUAACAUUUCAACAAGCUCAAGAAAGAAUUAUAGAUGACAUAAUUUCUAAGAGGGGAUCCGAGAUAGAUGACCCUGUUACAUUUGAGCCAUUCAUCACUUUGCCGUCACGGAAGGAAUAUAAAGAUUACUACAACAUUAUAACACAUCCUGUAGCAUUGAAAGAUCUCCAGAGAGCUGUCAGAGGUAUCAGGCUAAAGACACCCGGCACCUCUGAAUUUAAGACAUGGUCGGCCUUUGAAGGGGAAACAUCGUAUAUAUGGAAGAACGCAUUUCUUUACAAUGAAGAUAACAGUGAGAUUUUUAAGCUUGCUAGGGAGAUGCAAUCAUACUUUAACAAGCUACUCAAUAAAGCCAAGGCAGUAGUGCCUGAGCCUGUUAGUACCAAAAUAAAGCUUCGAAUGCACGAACCCACCAAAAUUACAUUAAAGUUAGGCCGAAGAACUAGCCCUGUCGAAGCAACUAUAACCCGGCUCCCACCACAACUCCCGAUUAGUCAAGCAAGCCUAAAACCCUCCUCUCCCCGUAGUGUACAUGAAACUGGAACAUCUUCCUCUCAAACAGGUCAGCCCAAACCAGGUCAGAAUAUACCUACCUCUACUUCUUGCCCCACACAAACACCUGCCUUAACGCUGGUUAAAAAUGAAGAAAACAGCCGUAAUCUCCAAACUCUACCACAAGAUCAGGCUUUGAGCACGCCGAUACCUGUGAAAAUACAGCCGCUUAUUCCGUCAAUUCCAACAAUCCAGUCUACGAAACCAAAUGCUCUUCCACUAAAUAAUAAGUCACCGACUCCUGCCUUGCUGGACUCCAAGUUAAGAAGGACUAGAAAAGAUGCUGCCAAUGCUAUGUUUACAAACUUGAGCAUAGCUACCCAUCCUGGUCUUAACAUCUCUCGUCAUUUUCAUUUAGAUCUACCUCCUUCAGCAUCUAUGUCUCAGCAAUCGGUCGUCAUAAAUUUGCCCACUACCCACUAUUAUCUCCAGAUCAAACCAUGCAUUGCAGGAUUCAUGAUGCAGCGUCAGUAUAAGCUUUUUGUAACUGCAGGUACUACAAGGCUGCACGCUAUGCCUACCGUUCCUGGCCAUGCCGUUGAACCAAGGUUCCCUCUUUUUGAAGCACGUCUUCAUCCAGGCGUUAAUAGAAUUGAAAUAGAGCUAGUCGCAGCGACUCCAAAGUGUUCGAACGGUCCUAGUGAAAUUGACAUGGAGAAAAUUACAGUUUUUGUUAACCUGAUGAAAGCUUAG